UAUUACAAAUAACAUCUAUCUGGUUUUUCUAAAUGCCUGGAAGGGUCGAUUUGGAAAGUUGCCGAGCCUCAUUUUUUUAAUUGCUUUUAAACUUCAGUAUUUUUCCAAGAUAUCUGACAUUCCCUUUACAAAUACACAAUCAGAUAAAGAAUAGGUAUAUAUAGGAGAGCGAAUGGACGGAUUUUCACACCAGUUCGCCAUGAUCUUGACGAGCAUCGAGUUCUCCCUCUUCGUUCUCGUUGCCCUCCAUAGCAACGUUCUCUGCGUCCCACCGUGGAACCCAGAAAUUAACGAAUGGAAUUCGAACACGAAUCACACGUCGUACGAUCAAAUAGACGAAUUGGAGGAGGAUAGAAUCUUCGGCGGCGAAUACGCGAUGCAGAAUCAAUUUCCAUUUAUGGCCGUGGUCCAUCAAUUGAGGGGGAACGGGAGAAUCUCGCAGUGCGGCGGAACCAUAAUUUCAUCGAGAUGGGUAUUAACGGCGGGCCACUGCGUAGCGUCCGGCCCUCACCAAUUCCUCGUCGUUUUCGGUACCCGCGACAAAACCGGUAUAGCAUAUAAUUUUUAUCGAGGGCCGGGAGUGGCUAUGUUAACGACCCAGGCCGUGCUCCAUCCCGGCUACAGGACAACCAUGAACGACAUCGCGUUGCUGCACAUGCCGCAAAAUAUCCCGUUCGGAAACAGCAUUCGGCCCAUUCAAUUCGCCGGCAACAGAUACGCGGACGAGACGCACGCCGAUAAAAAGGGGAUGGUGAUCGGGUGGGGGAAAGACGGGCCAACCGGGACCGGAACAAAGAGGCUGAAGUACACCGCCGUGCCGAUCAUCUCGAAUUACGAGUGCUCCAUGUAUUGGCCCAUCACGGAGUCGCACGUGUGCACCUCGGCUGCGUACGAGCAAGACGCGUGUCAGGGAGACAGUGGCGGUCCAUUGAUCGUGAUGAAAAAUAGGAAGCCUCUUCAAAUUGGAAUAGUAAGCUACGGAGACGGAAAUUGUCCAAGCAGUAAACCAGGGGUGUUCACUAGGGUCUCCAGUUUUAUUGAUUGGAUCGAAGAAGUUACCAACAUUCGUUUGUGAAGGAUGAUUAAUAAUGUAUCCGUUUCAUAAUAUCGUUUGUAUUGUCAGC